AUGGAAGAAGAGGUCGAGAGCAUCAUUCGAAGAGUCUGCUCACAUCUUGACAUUCCAGAGCGAUGCUAUUCCUACAUGUCAGGAAUGAUCAUCGAAGACCCUCCGAGCAGUGCACAAGAACUUUAUGAUCUUCUUCAAGAUUUUCUUACUGAUGGCUUCACAAAAUCUGAAAGCGAAAACAAAAGGAUAGCAGAUGACCUAUGAAGCAAACUAAAAGCACAAGGAAUCGAAGGCCAGGAGCGUGUUGAAAGAAUCGUGGCACAGCAAAUGCCGUCUGGUAUCAUGAUCUCUGAGGGUUUAUUAUUAUUUUAUAAAAAUCAAUUUAUUUUUAAAAAAAAAUCAUAAAGGCAUAUUAAUUAUACAAAAUUUUACCGAUCUCUGAUAUUGGUAUAUCCACAGAAAGCAUCACUGCAGACUAUAUUGAUCCUUUCCUCGGCAUUCAAAAAGCAUCCGUCAACACAAACUCAGGUGAAAAAUUAUGGAAACUCCCAAAAAACAAAAGGAUGAAAGAAGAAGAAGUCAUAAAAAAUCUUCCGAUGAAGCAAAUCCAUAAGCCACUGCCUCCACCUAAAGUGAUGCAUAAGAGAGGUGAAAGCAGAAGCUUAGAUAUCAUGGUCGAUAGAUUUUCUAUUAUGGUUGGAGGGAAAACUUUAUUGGAAAAUGCAGCAAUAAAAAUCGCAUUUGGCAGAAGAUAUACUAAUUUAUAGUGAAUUUAUAUUAUAAAUAAUUAGAGAAUAAAAUGGAAUUAAGUAGGAAAAAAAGAAUAUGGUCUGAUAGGAAGAAAUGGUGUAGGAAAAACAUCAUUACUUACUCCAGUUCUUUUUGCUUGCUAGCCUGGGGUAUCAAAAAUUUUCUAUAAAAAUAUAUAUAAAAUGAUUUUGAGUUUAAAAAAUCCAAAUUUUCAAAUAUUUGAAAAGUAAAAUCUAAUUUAAUUUAUGAAAUUAUUUAAAAUAUAAUAUAAUUUUCAUGAGAUUUCAGUGUUAAUCAUAUAUUAAAAUAUAGCUUAUACUAAAAAAUUUAUACUAAAUAUUUUAUAAUGGUUUAGCUCACAAAGCUAGGAAGGGGAGUUAGUGCCAUGGCAUUGGGAGAAAUUGAUAAAAUUCCAAAACAUAUAUAUAUUUUAUAUGUCGAACAAGAAAUAACUGGCGAUGAAAAAGGCGCAUUACAAACUUUGCUAGAAACAGAUUCUGAAAGAGAAGAUCUCUUAAAAGCUUUAAACAACUCACAAGACGACCCAGAACAAUAUCUAAAAAUAAGUGAGCAGCUAUAAAAUUUUAUAUAAAUAGUACUUUUUAUAAAAAAAUUUAGUUUUAUUGAUAAUUAAACGAUAAAGAUUAUCAUUAAUUGAUGCAUUUUCAGCUGAAAGCAGAGCUGCAUCAAUUUUAUCAGGUCUAGGCUUUACACAAGAUACUAUGAAUACUCCAACACAACAGCUAUCAGGAGGCUGGAGAAUGCGUCUUGCUCUUGCUCGUGGGCUAUUUUGCAAGCCUGAUAUACUUCUUCUUGAUGAGCCUACCAACCUAGUCCUAGUCUUAGUUAAAUUUAUAGAGUAGCUCCCGGCCAGGACCGAAUGUCCUUUUCUUCUGCCUUUUGGACACCUCGCUUGCUUUCCUUGCCCUGCUCCCAGUGUGCACCUAAGUGCCCACAGGCUACCGCUCAGCUCCUUCCGGUCAUGGGGCUUAGUCAUGCUAUCCCGGAAGUAGGCGGACUGGGUCACCGUGCUUCACGUCGCCAGACUAGGGUUAGAGCUAAGGAUUAACUCCUUAGCUCUUGUCGGCUCCUGCCAUGCCCUCCAAAUUGGCACUAGCGGUCCCUAGAGGAAAAACCCUUUUUGCUUCGUGUCCUAUCGGGACGACCCUAGGAUCGUCGUUGCUGGACUGGGAGGGAAACCUAGCCGGACACAAACUACCAGUACCCAUUCCAGACCUUUCCCUGGGCGGAUUGGGUUCAGGCCGCAGCAAGGUCCCCAAUCUCGCCUCAGUUCCGGGAGAGGACGGGUCGGUGUCGCCGCCAUUUUAUUUGUGUGAGCCUACCAACCAUUUAGACUUAGAAACUGUCGUUUGGCUUGAAAUCUUUUUAAAUUCCUAUCAAAAUACAGUAAUUGUGGUGUCUCAUGAUAGAAAUUUCUUAAAUAACGUCACAACUGAUACUAUUCAUUUUUAUAGUGAAAGUUUAUGCAUUGUAAUGUUUUUUAGCGCAAUACAGUUUUAAGGUAAAUAUUUGAGGCAAAAUAAGGGAAAAAAGGAUAUUUUAUUACAAAGGAAACUAUGAUACUUUUGAACGCACAAGGAAUGAGAAGCUUCUGAAUCAGAAAAAGCAGCAUGACAGCCAAGCAGCGAAACUUGAUCAUAUACAAAAAUUCAUUGAUAAAUUUAGAUACAAUGCAAAAAGAGCGUCGUUGGUGCAGUCAAGAAUUAAAGCAUUGAAUAAGAUGGAAAUUAUUGAAGAUGUAAUAGAUGACCCUACUUGUGUGUUUGAGUUCCCGGAUGUUGAACCUUUGGCUGCUCCUUUACUUAUCCCCGUAUAAUUAAUGAAAUAUACAAUUAAAAUAAUUAACAAAAUAUAUAAUUCUGCAUUUGGUUUUUGAAAUAUUAGCAGGAAAAUGAUUAAGAAUCAUAUUUAGAAGCGCUAAAAAAAUUUUAAUUAUAGAGUUAUAGUAGCGUUUUGCUCAUUGUAAAAUUUUAAAUUUUUGUUCUUUAGGCUAGGAAGUUAGAAUUGACGAUGGGUCUUUUGGGUAUGGACCAGAAGAUAUGCUAAUAUCAGAAAUCAAUAUAAAUAUCGACAUGAACAGCAGAAUGGCAAUUUUGGGUAGAAAUGGCUGUGGAAAAACAACACUUCUAAAAAUCUUAAACGAAGAACUACACCUAACUAACGGAAAUUAUUAUAAGCACAGAAGGCUUAGGGUUGGAACCUUUACUCAGCAUCACAUUGACCAGCUUGAUCUAUCAUCAUCCCCACUAGAGCAGCUCGCUAAGCAGUAUCCAAACACCCCUUCGGAAGUAAUUCGAGCCCACUUACACCUCAGUGAAUCUUAUGUUUUGGGUUAAAAAAGAGCGAACAAAAUUUUUUUUUGAAAAAUAUUGUGAAAUAUAGCACAAUAAAUCUCUGGCUAAUUCUGUGAAUUUAAAACGGCUUCUAUUUUAGAACCUAAAUUUACAAAUUAAAUUAAUUUUCGCAUCCAAUUUUUUCGAAUUGGGAUUUUUUUUAAAUUUCGAAAAAAAAAAUUUUUACUAUUACUAUUACGAAGGGAAAGAGGAGUUAGGAUCAUUUGGAAUCACCGGAAACCUUGCAUUAAGACCCAUCUGCUUUUUGUCUGGAGGACAAAAAUCAAGAGUUGCCUUUGCUGCAGUCGCCUUCAAGCAGCCACACAUUUUGUUUUUAGAUGAGCCAACUAACCAUUUAGAUAUUGAUGCAGUCAAUGCUCUCAUUGUGGCCUUAGACACAUUUUCAGGAGGCGUUUUAAUCAUUAGCCACGACCAGCAUUUCGUAAGCUCAGUCUGUGAUGAAAUUUGGGUGAUUAAAAAGAAGCGACUUAGAAGAUUUAAAGGAGAAUUCAAGGACUAUAGAAGCCAGCUAACUAAAUAA